AUUUGUUUCUCUAGUCGCACAUCAAUAUUGAAUACCUACCUUCGCCACCUAAAAUGAAAUACCACCUACCUUAGGCAAGCGUCAACCAUAGCCUCGAGCAAACACUCGUUCGCAAUGUCCUCCAAGAUCUUAUCAGACUCCGAGUCCCACAUGGACCAGUAUCUCUCCUCUCCAGGAAAUACGCCGUCGUCAUCAACUGAUCGCAAAGUGUCCGAGGACUUCACCGGAAAAUAUCCUUACGAGCCUCUCCAGUCCAAGGAACAUAUCCGCCUCCUCCGCCUUGAGCCCCCAGUAGCCUCUUCCACGCAAAACAUCCCAGUCAUCUCAGCUACCCUCCGUGAAGUCAACUUAUCUGCAGUCGGAGAAAGCCCCUGCCCACCGUACAAAGCCCUUUCUUACGAAUGGGGUCUUCCCCCUUCAAACCCCUCAGACACUCCAACGAUGCUUCUCGACAACCACUCCAUCCAUAUCCGCCGAAAUCUUCAUGAUGCUCUUCACAGCAUCCUCCACAACCAUGAAAAACUCUAUGGUACAUCACCUCUCUAUCUUUGGGUGGACGCCCUCUGCAUCAACCAGCUCGAUAAUCGGGAAAAGGGCCACCAGGUCCAAUUAAUGAAAACUGUCUACAAGGCCGCAGAGAUGGUGAUUGUUUGGUUGGGCAUGGGGACAGCAUGCACUGAUGAGGCUAUGGAAUUACUGAAGAUGGAGAAGUGGGAUCUACGUCAGUAUCUCAAAGGACAUCAUCAUAGCUCGAAGGAACGUCAGGGGCUCACGGACCUAUACUGCGACGCGACAUACUGGAGGAGAGUAUGGAUUUUGCAGGAAUUUGUGCUGGCAAGGGACUAUGUGAUUUUGUGCAAUCGGGCAUUUGUUUCGAAAGAAUGUGCUGAGCGGGGGCCAAAGAUUGCCAGAUUGUGGUCAAUAACACAGCUUCGAGACAGGUUGCGCACUGGGGCGCAUGCGAACUGGCCAGCGCUGGAUUUACUCUACGGAGCUCCGGUGGACUAUAUGAUCAUGCUUCGCAACUGGCGCUCACAGUCAUACGGGCCAACGCUUAAUAACUGGCUGGAGACGGUGUGCGAACACCAUUUCGAGGCGACAGAUCCCAGGGAUUAUGUCUUCGCAUUAUUGGGGAUCUCGAGUGAUGGAGACGAGAUAGUGCCCAACUAUGAGCUAUCAACGACGGAGGUAUAUUGUAUGGCUAUCUCAACCUGGGAAGCGAGGUCUAGAAUCUCGUCCGAUGAGAUCUUCUACCUAGAUUGGGCAGAUCUCAUGGGAAUUCCACAGGAUCGGGCUCGGGAACUGCAGCAAGAACUGGAAGCAGAAGAGGAAGACAUGUCAAGCAUAGAAUAUCAGGACAAGUGAGAUUCAGAUCUUGAGUUCAUUUGAUCCUCCGGAACUCGGAGUUACUAUGUUUGAGAUACUAAAGUUUUCAAUACGCUUUCCUCUUCGACAAAAACAAAUUCCCGGGUUACAAAUCACACGAUAUUUGCGAGUUGCUUACGCCAACUCUAACUUCCCUCUGAUACAACUUCUUAUACAAUAGGUCAAUGCCAGAACCAUAUACAUUUCUGAGU